AAGGAUCAUUUGCUUUGGCGCGUCCAUAGCGUCUCGACGCCUGUUGACGUCGCUCCUCGAAAAGUUUUUCAUUUCCACUUGUUUCAGAUUUAGUUGGGAUCUAGUUUUUGCAAUCGUCGGACAGUUUAUUGAAUUAUUUAUUUGAGUGUGUAAAUGUGAAGCAAACAACGUGCUCAAAGUGACAUCUGUGGAAAAUAAUUGAAAACUGCAUUUGAUUUUGUUACUUCCAAAGUCAAAUUGGGAUUCGAAAAAAUGAACAACGACAUGCCUGUUUCAGCUUUCAACCGCGUGAACGGUAGCAACGGGUCAUCUCUUUGGACACCGACCUCCGCUUCUUCUUCCGUGCAUACGCCUUUCAUCUUGGCUCCGCCUCCGGCUGGAACAGCCUCACACGGCCAUCAUCACCACAAUAACAACAGCGCGACUAGUGCAACCACUAACAACGGCACUAGCACUGGCUCUCCUAUGAAAGUGCCUGUCAAACCACCGCCUCUCAAGUCUCUUGCGCCGUUGUCUGGAUACGGUGGCGGCCAGACCGUUCCGCUCUCUCCUUCCGGCCUGGCAGCUAGCAUGGCGGAUCGUCUUCCACAUUUGACGUUGCCGUUUAGCCCGGAUAUUCUUUGGCGUUAUCCGACCCAAUUUUCAGCUCUGACUUCGUCGUCACCCGCCUCUGGCGGAGGCAAUUCAUCCUCGGCUGGACACCAUCACUCUCACCACUCGCAACAACCUUCUUCACCUCAUCUCGAUGUGAAACCUCAUUUGCCUGGUGCUCUAGGUCCAGAUCCCCGUACAUGGGCCCGAGAAGAUGUCGUCACGUUCCUGCGCUGGUGCGAGCGCGAAUUUGACCUUCCUGGUCUCGAUCUCGACAAAUUCCAGAUGAAUGGUAAAGCUUUGUGUUUACUAAAUAAAUCCGACAUUGCCGAGCGAGCGCCUGGAUCUGGAGAUGUGGUCCACAAUGCGUUGCAGUUACUUUUACGUGAUGCUCCCUACACCGGCCGAGUGCCCAGCAGCCCUUUGACUCCUCACCCCCACACGGCUCAUCAGCAGCACUUGCUUUCGCACGCCCUUGCCGCCGCCGCCGCUCACCAACAACAGCAGCAGCAACAACAACAACAACAGAAUUCUUCGUCUUCCGGCUCGAAUUCUAGCGGCAAUAAUGGCGGAGGCAGCCACUUGCUCUCGCCUCCCAAUUCCGCCCGAACGCCGACCUCAGCCUCUGGAUGGCCUUCGGCUAAUCAGCUGUUUUCUUCGGCCGAUUUCCACAGCCUGGGUCACUUGAUCCAGCAGACGAAUUCCGUGACACUCAGUCCAGCUCCCUCCGUUUCGGAUGGCAGCGGCAAUAGCCAAGGAGGCAGCCCGUCUCAUGCGGAACAAUCUGCCGCUGCGGCAGCGGCUGCCGCCGCCAUGGCUGCCCAGGCUCACAUCAAUUUCUACACGCAAGCGCUUGCCCAGGCUCACAAUCAGGCUCAAGCGGCCGCGGCCAACAGCGCUCACCACCACCAUCAUCAAGCUGGAUCCAAUUCCGGCAGCCAGUCGGAUUCGGAAGAGAAUGACAGCGUCCAGGAUAAUAGCCCGGCUCGAUCUCCGGCUCCUUCGACGCCCAUCCACCUUGUUCCGCCACCCAUGUCUCCGCUGGCCACCACGUUCAGCUCUGCCGCUUCGUCGAAAACGAUGGAUAAAGACCCGCUGGCCACAACGCCGCUUUCUGACCGAGGAGGAGGUGGUGGAGGCGAUGGAUUGGAUUCCGGAUCAAAUGGUCGACUACUUUGGGACUUUCUUCAGCAGCUGCUUAACGAUCCGUCGCAGCGCUAUUCGCACUACAUCGCCUGGAAAAACCGAGAAACGGGUGUUUUCAAGAUUACAGAUCCAGCUGGACUGGCCCGUUUGUGGGGCAUUCAAAAGAACCAUCCGUCCAUGAAUUAUGACAAGAUGUCGCGCGCCCUGCGCUAUUAUUACCGCGUCAACAUUUUGCGCAAAGUCCAGGGAGAGCGCCAUUGCUACCAAUUUCUCCGGAAUCCCAUUGAACUGAAGAGCAUCAAAAACAUUUCGUUGCUACGCCACCAGAUGGCUGCAGCGGCGGCUGCGGCCGCUACCACUACCUCCAGCGCUACGCCGGCGACGGGCUCUUCCGGCUUGUCUUCCACAGCAUCCAGUGGUAAAAUGGCUGACAGCACGGACGCUUCUUUGGAACGUUAUUCACCGUCGAGCAGUUGCAAUGCGCCCGAUCAAGAUUUCGACGCUGAACCGAGAACGUCUCGAUUCGCCAACAACAACAACAAUGAACAGGAUCCCGAUGAGAAUGAUUGUGAAAUGCCUACGGAUUUGAGCAUGGAACGACGCGGACUCAACGGUACCAAUCCUUACCUAACGACAAUUAAGACAGAAAACAUGGCGUCGUGAUCGCGUUUUAGAGAACACAGUUGUAGGAAACUAGCGUGUGCAAUCACAGUGCCUUAACUCGAGACGGCCAGCGAAGCAACAACUUUUUUUUUCUUUGAAAAAAAUUAAAAAAAAAUAAAUUUACCAUUUAUGAUAUUCCAAAGGGCUUGGGAGAAGACCCCUCAGGAGAAAAAGACGUCUAUGUUAAUUUUUUUUUUUUUUAAAGAAGAGAAAGAAAAAUAAUCAUCAAAUUUUCGAGGAUUUAUUGAGUUCAGCAUUUUGACCAACGACGUGCCAGUGGCGUUAGUAGGUUUUCAUUAUGGAAAUCCACUUUCGUUUCAUCCAUUCGUUAAAAAACAUCUUCAAAGUAAAAUAGAAAAAAAAAAACUAAAAAAAUAAAAAUAAAUAAUAAUUGAUUUCUUUUUCUCUCGAGUUUCAUAUUUUUGUGUGUCGAUAAUGUUAUAAAUAUUAUUAUUCAUCCUUAUUUUGUCUCCUCAAUUGCCCUGCUCAGACUCUUUAAAGACAGAUUGAACUCACACUUGAUUGUAAAACCUGCCCCAGUCCCCCCUACUCUAUUAUUAAAACGAAGGGAGAAAAGAAGAAAUUGAUUGUAUUGCCCAAUCCUGUGAUGUGAACGAUAUCAUCGACUUCCAUUUAAAAAAAAAGAAAAAAGAAAACGAAUGUUGGUACAUUUUUGUUUUGCAUUUUGAGUAAAACAAAAUGACGGACCCUCUUUCAUUCCCCCGCAUCCCACUUUACUCAUCCCACCAUCCCCAUUGUAAUUUCGAGGUGAUAUUGUUCAUCAAUUGUCUGGAUAUCUUUUGAUUUCAACACUCGUGCAACGAAGAAGAAAAAAAAUUAGACUAUGUUUGGAAGAUUCGGACGCAACGUGUACCCUCCCCCCAAUUGUUAAGGUAAUGCUCUUCCCUCAACGUAAAAAUUGUAUGACAUCGGAAUAUUCGCGAUUUUUUUCUGUUUUUUCCCUUUUUUUUUUGAAAUAACUUUUCCAUGGCAAUAUAGAAAUUGUAAUUUUGUAGAGCUGAAAGAAAAAAAGUAUUGCCUUCCCUGUUCAUAUUGGAACAUGCUUCAGAGUUAUAGUGGCUCCCCCCAUUUUAAAAGAAAAUCCACCCCGUUCAAUUAUUCAGUUCAAAGUUGUGCAUCUUUUUCUUAUUUCUUGGAAGAUAUUCAAAACUGUGAGUGUGUGUUUUUUUUUGUUUGUUUUUCCGAGUAUGAAAUUCAAAUUAUUUGUUGACAACACGGCAAAGGUGUGCAGGGAUAUUUGGAGAUAAAAAAAGAAACAACACUAUAUGCCGUUCUGUUUUGGGGGUUUUGUUUGUGAACAUGUCAUUGUACUACUGUUUAUCGAUGAGAAACAAAUUAAUAUUCUGACGGAGAUUAAAGAAAACGAGAAAUCAAUUAUCCAAGUGCUAUUUGUUGUUUUUUCCCCCCCGUUUUUUGUGGUUGUUGGAAUCAAUACAUUUCAUGUAAAUAAA